CCGCCUCCGCUGCUCUUCCCCGUGGCCGACGGCUCGUACUGGGCUUACGCGCUGAUGCUGCUGGCCCUGUCCCUCUUCUCGGUGGGCAUGGUGGGCAACCUGGCGCUCAUGUGCACCGUGUGGCACAACGCGUACCUGCAGAGCGCCUGGAACUGCAUCCUGGCCGGCUUGGCCUUCCUGGACUUUCUGGUGCUGUUUUUCUGCCUGCCGGUGGUCGUCUUCCACGAGCUGACCUUCAGACGCCUGCUCGGAGGGGCGUCGUGCCGCCUGGUGCCUUACCUGGAGGUGACAUCACUGGGCGUGGCCACGUUCAGCCUUUGCGCUCUGAGCAUCGACCGCUUCCAUGCCGCCACAAGUCCCGCCCCCAGGGUGGAGUCCUGCCGCUCCAUCCUGUCCAAGAUGGCCGUCAUCUGGCUGGGUUCGCUGGCGCUGGCCACCCCCGAAGUGCUUCUGUGGCAGCUGCGGCGGGAACUCGUCGGGCCGCCGGAACUCGUCUGGUGGCGGGAUGCCGUCGGGCCUGGCGGCUCAUCCUUGGCGGCGGACGUGUGCGUGCGCGAGCCAUCGGCGGAACUGCCCGACGGCGUCUACUCACUGGUGCUCACCUAUCAGGAGGCCCGAACCUGGUGGAUGAUUGGAUGCUACGUCUGUCUGCCGCUGCUCUUCACGCUGGCCUGCGACCUGGUGACUCAACGGGUAUGGUCCCGCACCACUCUAAGUUUACAGCCAAGAAAGAAUGAUGAGAAACACUACCCUGAAGUGUCUCUGCAGAGACUCAAUGCAAACAUGAAGUGA